UUACAGCAUUUAGUCUUGCAGAUCUUGUCAUUUAGAUUUUCCUUCCUUUGGGUGGAACACUUUGUUGGAACCUUAUGCCGAUCAAAUUAAAUGUCACGUGAUUGUGUUUGGAUUUUCUUGCAAGACAGUUUUUAGUCUUUGAUGAAUAUACCCACAUGCCUUGACUAAAACUUUGUAUUGUCUUAAAUGCCACAAGGCAAUAUAUAUAAAAAGAUCUAUUUAAAUGUUCACCUUGUGCCAGUUUGGUGGAAAUCGCUAUAGAAGGGGCUUUUAAUAUCGGAUAGCUGUUCUCUACAGAACCUCUGUAAUGUUUUAAGAGGGAAUUAAGUGAAUGUCAAAUGGUGUGUAAGGAAUGGAGAGGCCAGGGUAACGGAACGCUAUUGCCGAUAUAGAACACGGACGAGGGAACUUAAUAUGGACUACUGUUGGAACAUUAACUGUGCCUGUAUCUUUCAUUAAAUGAAAGGAAAUUAUUUAACAAGUGUAUUCAUGUGGUCUGUUUAUCUAACAGUAGUGCAAAUGUGUAUUUAUGAGAACAUAAUGUGAUAUUGGAAAAAGCGACUUUAAUGUUUGCUCGGAAUUGUUGACACAGUUGAAAUUUAACGUCAAAAAAAAAUUGUGUUGGGAUUGAAGUUUCUCAGGCCUGAAGAUUUAUAGGUCCUUUCAAGAGACCAUGUAAAUCUGUUCAUUCUGUAAGGUGUAUGUUUGUUUGUUUUCAUGUACUUGUUGACUAAGUUUGUCCCAAUUAUUGGGCAUAAUAUAGUUGUUUUCAGCAGUGAGUUUUACAUCUUUUAGAAUAAGAAGUCUAAAAAAGGGACAAUAUUUUAGACCUGUUUGAAAUCUUUUGACGUGGAAGGGAAAGUAUUGAAACUUAUUGUUAUCUGCCGACAUGUGAAUUAUGUUACAUUUGGAAAUAAGAGGCUCUAAUCCUCGGCCAAAUGUGCCGUCACGUAUCGGAUACACUGUGCCUGAGCGAUCCCUGAGUGUCACCCCAACACCGAGACAGCACCGCCUUCUGCCAGUUACACCAGGACGAGGCAUUCCUCAGGGAUCCCUCAAUGAACCAUAUUCUACCAUCGAGACUCAGCAACCAAUCCCUCCAGAGUUCCUGGAUACAGUCACAGAAGCCCUAACAAGUUAUCAUGGAACCCCGUCUAGUAGUGGUCGAUCUACUCCUACACUAACAGAGGCCCAGAGUGCCCAUCCUGCCAAAGUGGGGGAAUGGGGGACGGGAAACACCACGGAGAGGAGCAGUACAGGCUCCACAUCCACCGGAUACUCCUGGGAUGAAUUUGACAAACAGGCUGCAAAGACAGUACAACAUUUGUUUGAGGAGAUAGAUUCUGUGUUGUUUGAGCAGAGUCGAGGUGCCCCGCCUUAUAUUCACAAGGAGUGCCAGGAAUGGGGGACCCAGUUUCCACAUCUCAGAAUACUGGGAAAUCAGCUAAUGAGUCCAAAGGACCAGGGAUUUCAGCUGAUUGAACGAGAGGGGUCACGACCUAUGACAGGAAGUCUUGGAUUGGUGGAUGUUACAGAGACUGAGAUUGCAGAUACUCAAGAUAUUCAGGGAUUAUCAUUAUCAGGGAAAAGUGUUCGAGUUAGGAAGCCACCUGUUGAGGCUCGCUCAAACAGACAUGGGGUGGAUGCUCCUAUUACUGAGUUCACUCAUCUAGAGGAGGAAAUCUUUGAGCAGGAGGGAGAAUAUGAAGAAAUCAUAGCAAUUGAAUAUAGAGAUCUAUAUGAGGACAGUUCAAAUGACAAGAAACAGUUAACCCCCAGGAGAAGAAGGGUAGGCUACCCUCCCAUAACCCCCAAUGCCAGUAUCAAAGACAGUGUGAUCAGCUCUGCGUUUGACAAUAUAUGGCAGGAGAUUGUUUCAUGGAUGCAGCCACUUACAAGAAAGUACACAGCUAUGGUUCUUGAUGAGAGUAAGCCUAUUCGAAUUCCAAUAUUGGAGCAGAUCCGUCCUGAUCACCUUUUACCCCCCUCCCGGGAAACGUCCUUCAGCUUCCUUAACAACAAGAUUCAGAGGUCCAAUACUACAAUAGGAGUGACUGGUCCUCGAUUAGAGAAUGUUCUUCACAUAUCUACAAAGAAACUACAGAGUCGGGAAACUACGUCUCUCCACGACUCUGACCCAAUUAUCAACACAGCCCGUCCUGCCUCUAGUGCUAACCCUUCUCUGAAGACCCCCAAUCGUCCCUACAGCGUCAAAUUGACCCAACAGAGAGGGACACGCAGUGGUCUUGUCAGACUUGCCCCAAUAGACAGGUCCAGAACUCCCAAUGUGCUUAUCAGAGAGACAAAACACAGAGAGGAUGAAAAACCUGGACCAAGUGGUGCACUGAAAGUAACUCGUCUUACCCCACAAAGUGAACGUCUCUCCUCCCCACCCACCCAUCACCAAAGAAAUGGGACCCUGCCCCCACUAGGCUCUGAACAGGAUGUAGUUGCCAGUCCUAGUCAGAGCAGAACACAGAAAAAAGUGUAUAGUGCAAAUCGUGCAAGUAGUGCUGUAGAUAAGGAUAUCCGAAGCUUUAGAGAUAGGUACCCAAUGCCGUCUGAUACCCGACCAAGUACAACCCAUGCCAUGCGGUCUGAUACACCUUUGGGAGGAAACACCUCACGGAGAGCCUCCACUCCAUUUGGAGGGUUCAAUCCUGUCCCCCAGAGGAGCACCCAAAUGAUAGGUGCAUCCAUGUUGGGAAUAACGGGUAGUGGACUACAACCUUCUUCAGAAAUAGGUCACCUGACCAACUAUCCCCCAGACAUAAUGGAGGAUGCAGAGGUCAAUCUAGACUACCACAAUCAGUGGACCCCCUCUCCUCCCAGUCAUCACAAUCCAUACAGACGAUAUCGGCAUAGUUCUAUGGUGAGAUCUUAGCCACAAGACUAUAUCCCUGCCCUAACAAGUGCCAAAUCUAAACCAGACAGUGGAGACAAAUGUCCUCCCUCUCAGUAGAUCUGUCCUGCCAGAUCUGGGUACACACUCCCCUCCCACGGGAGAACUGUUUAUUCUGCCACAAUGAGUGAAUUCCAAGGAAAGCCAGCAUUCCCUGGGGAGCCCAGGAGACAUUCAGGAAUGAACAUGAGAAGAGUUGUAGUAUUGGCAAUUCACAUUUCUUGUAGUCUUGUUAUGAUUUGUUGGAUUGUGACAAUAGUGUGUCUUGUAAUCAAAUAUGGUGCAGAAUCUCAUACCCAGAUAAUAUCAAGCAUCAAAAAGCCACAAGGAAUUGCUUGGAAAGGGAACUAACUCAUUCAUGUCCUCCACAUGAUCUCCAUCGUUUAAUGUUUACUGUGAUAUAUAUAUACAUAUAUAUAACUGUUUGUGACUGACCCUGUAGAAUAACUGUGUAUAUAGACCACUCCCUGUGCAUUGCUUUUAGAUAUUGAAUCAGGCAGCUAAGGGUUUGAUCUAGAACUUGGUGACAAUAAGUCUCUACCUCCAGUUUUAAGUUCAAAGCAUCCCCUGUGUUACAGAUCUGAAAGUCAAAUUUUCUGUGAUUUUAUUAAUUUGAACACGUCCAUUCCCAUUAAAAAAAAUCAUCAUUUUUUUUAUUGGAAAUAUUUUUACUCAGACAGACUUGUGUUGUCGUUUACAUGUUAAUACAUUAGGCAUGCCUCAUCACUGUGAUAAAAUGGCAUUUAUAUUCUAUGUAUAUUCAGGUUAUGAUUUAUAUAGCUGGGUUUUGUUUGAUUUUUUUUUUUGGCCAAAAUUUAAAAGGAUAGGCACAAUAUUUAACUACAUGAUAUUCAUCUUUAUUGAACAUGUCACUUUCAAAGAUCAGGCAUAAUCUUCAUCCCAGCAUCCAGAUUUAGUGGAGUUUCUAUACAAAGUCUCUACAAUGAUUUUGUAGCAUUUUUUGUUGUUUCCUUAGAGACAGUUUUGUUGUCAUGGUGUCUUUGUAAAACUGUUACUUCAUACACUGUUGAUACAUGCUGCCAUGGAAACACGCCAUAAACAUUGUAAACGUAAUCUCAGGGUUUCUGUAAAUAGUUAUGCAAUCAUAUGUGGAUUGUACACAGAAUUGUGUGCAUUGGCAGUUAUGAUAUAGAAAAUAUUUUUUUUUUAGUCUGUGCAGGCUUCUGAUGUAUAACAAACUUAAACACUACAUCAUGUUUCCACUUCUUUUUUGCCACAUUCCAUUACAAUGUUAUACAUUUUUAUGAUGAUUUUAAUUAAGACAGAUCACUCUUGCGAUAUUUAUUUUCGUUAUUUUGAUUUGAAAUAAUUGAUUUAAAUGUCUAAGUAAGACUAGUAAUAACUUGAAUUCUAAUUCUCUUCA